AUGAGAGGAAUAUACUCAUUAACAACACUUGUCGUGUCUGGUUUAGCCUUGCUAUCUUCGGCUGUUGUUGAUGCCAAAUCAGCCACAGGGGGCCGUGUUUUGGUCUUGUUGGACUCUCUAGCCGAAAAAGACGCAUAUUCACAAUUCUGGCAGCAACUGGAAGAUCGCCAGUUCCAGCUUUUGUUUAGAGAGGCACAAGAUCCCUCUACUACAUUGAACUACUUUGGUGAAUCUCUGUUCAAUCACAUUAUUCAUUUCGCACCCAAAACCUCGCAACUAGGACAACACGCUUCUUUGAACAACAUUCAGCUCGUAGAUUUUGUAAAGAAGGGUGGCAACAUUCUUGCAGCAUCUGGUGUCGAUGCCAGUGACAGCAUGCGUGCUCUUGCAGCCGAAUUUGAUAUUGAAUUGGAUACUGAUGCCGUAUUUGAUCAUACCCACUAUGGCGAUGAGCAUGAUCAGGUCGCUACCAGUGAAUUUGUUGGUCCUGCCUCUAUCAUUGAUGCCACUCAAGUUGGCGCACCUGUCUUGUAUUCAGGCACAGGACUCACAGUAGGUCAGUUGCCUCUCUCCACUGCCAUUUUAGCAGCUGGAUCAGAUGCUUUUGUUGCCGAGAGUUACAACAAACGCGCCAAGGCUUCAGACACUGUUACUUUAGUAGGUGCUUUGCAAUCCCGUAACUCUGCCCGUGUUACCUUUGUUGGUUCUCUUGACGUAUUCUCUGACAAAUACUGGAGUGCCUCUGUCAACAUUGAAUCUGAUAAAUCUUUCAAGAAAUCCGGUAAUGAGGAAUUUGUAAAGCAGUUAUCUCAAUGGACUUUCCAAGAAAAGGGCGUGUUGAAGGUGGUAGGUCAUGCUCAUCACAAGCAAAAUGAGACUGAGCAAUUGGAUUGGUACCGUGUCAAGGAUGACAUUACCUACCAUGUCGACAUUUCAGAGUACAGGAACGAUCAAUGGGUGCCUUAUCAUGCCAACGAUGUCCAAUUAGAAAUUAUCAUGCUGGAUCCUUACAUUCGCACCACGCUUCACCAAGUGCCCACUGAUACUAACUUUGGUCGAUUUGAAGCCAAUGUCAAGCUCCCAGAUGUCUAUGGUGUGUUUACCCUCAAAGUGAAUUACAAGCGUUCAGGUCUUAGUUAUGUGCUGGCCGAAGAUCAGGUCUCUAUCAGACCCUUUAGACACAACGAGUACCCUCGUUUCCUGACUGCAGCAUACCCUUACUAUGCAUCCACAGGCUCCAUGAUUAUUGGAUUCCUUGUCUUUAGUGCAGUGUGGCUCUCCACCUGGGGUGGACGCAAUAACAGCAAGACAGUAGCAGCAUCCAAAGCCAAAGCAAGUUAA